ACUGCAGAAUACAAUAACAAGAAAAGAUGGCAUCAAAAAUAUUCAGUUUUGUUGUUUUCGCAAUCCUGGGAGUUACUUCAUCAGGACAACAGAGCAGUGAGGAUGAGUCGGCCUGCGCACUGUGGAAGCAGAUGGCCCAACAGCUGUCUCACCAGAAAGCAAACGAGAUGACAUGUUACUCAAACACGACUGACCCCUGCACCAGUCUACACUGCACGGGAACGUACAUGUAUACGUCGUGGGUGCUGCCGAUCGACAUGACUGGGUUUGAGGUGGACUACUGUUUUGGCAUGACCCUCAACCACUGCGACAAUCCAGUGUCCAUCGACAUCUACCUGCAGGUUCCCGCCAAGAAUGUCUCGUACCAGCGACGAGUGUCACACGACACACAGCUCCAGGUUCCAGGUUUGACAUUUUCAUACGGAGAUUUUGGCACGGUUGAUGUGUUCCUCCAUUUUCAUAUGGUCAGAGUUGGAAACAAACUAACGCUGUCUAUUACGUGCAAGCUGCGAAUCACGUCAUUGGGAGCGUCGUUCUGGCCGGACCACCUACAGAAAGUGAUUGUUCCACAGGAGCAGAUCCCUGUCCCCUCCUGUCCCGACACUACCCGCGGGACGUCUGCCCCCCAGGUCUUCAGGCAGUGCAGGCCCCCCCGCUGGGUGCCACUCCCCACCACCGCAGUUCCCAAGGGAAGUCCGGUCGUCAGCACCAUAGCCCAGUCGGUAACCCACAAAAAGUACUGCAACGACACCCAGCAUUGUGGCAGGUGGGAAGUCUGCUCUAAUAACACCUGUAUAUGUCAAAUGGAGUACACAUUCAAAAACGGCCGCUGCCAUUCACCAUCCAACUUCGGAGCAUCCUGUAGCCAUGACAACGACUGUAACAAGGAGGCCAAUGAGGUGUGCACUUCGUCGAAGUGCUCUUGCUCCGCCGGCUACCGAUUCAACAGCGAAUACCAGCUUUGUAAACUCUUCUAUUCAGAAGGUGAAAAGCUGACGUUCCGCCCGGAUGUAAUUCCCAGACCUGCUACCAAUCGGCACGCUCACGUCAGUGGGAAGGCGCCCGAGAAGAAGAACAAACUGGCCAUCAUCGCUGGCAGUGUGACUGGAGGUGUGGUUCUGUUGGCGAUUGUGUUAGUGGUGAUUUUCUUGGUGAGAAGGAAACAGAGGCAGCCGUACAACAACCGGGAACUUCUGCUGUCUCCCAGCGACGACACCGACGUGGUCAUGUGAUCAACAGGAAUCCAACGGCAUCAUCCAUUACAUUGACAGAGUCUUACUUUUGGUUGUAUGAUUGUAAAUGGUAUGAGUGGAUAGAAUGCAAUCUGAGUUGAAAAUCUCCAGUUUGUAGUUGAAUGAUUGCAGUCAUGUGAUUAAAAAUCUGUUGUUUUGAUUGGUUGAUUGCAAUCAUUUGGUUAAAACUUUGCUAUGUGAUUGGAUGAUUGUAAUUUGUGAUAUUAAAAAAAAUAUCUUUAGUAAGGAAUAUACUGGAAUGAAUUUUGUUGUAACGAAUGUUCACUUUUGUAGAAUUUUUUCUUCAAAAUUGUUGUAUAGUGGUUAAUUUAAACAGUUUUAUUAACCAUAUACAUGUACAAGAUAUAUCCACUUUGUACAUGAUUUUGUAAUUGUCUAUGGGCAGAGUGACCUCUGCCACUCUUUGAAUUGACAUCUUCCGUUUUAUUGGAUGAACAGCUGGCUGAUUAAAUGUCAUGGGAUUAAAACCUCUUCUGUCUGAAUGGAUGAUUGCAUUCGUAAAAUUUCGAAAUCUGCAGUUUGAAUUUAAAAUUAUGCCUUUUUGAUUGGGUAAUUGAAAUCAUGUGAUUAAACAUUUGUUGUUUGAUUGGAUGAUUGCAAUGGUGAGAUUGGAAAAACUGCAAUUUGAUUUGAUAAUUACAGUCAUGUGAUCAGAAAUCUGCAGUUUCAUUGGUUGACAACAUGUAUAUGAGGGGAGAUCUCAAAUGUUUUGCUCAUUUGAUUAAGGGCCAUAUUUUUUACUUACUAAAAUCAUGAUUGUACUUGAGAGUUAAUAUUAAUUUUGUUUUAUUCCAUUGUUGGGGUUUGUUUGCUAUAAAUAUUUAUGUACACGUCUGUUAAUUUAGUAAAUUAAAAUGGGUUUUUUAUAAUUUACACAUCUUUUUGAGAUGAUUUCAUAGGGGAAAGAUUUUGGUAAAAUAUUUAUAUUUACAAAGAUUUUCUUUAUGUUUUAAUUUUGAGAGAGGAAGGUUGUGGUUAAAUGAUUGCAUUUGUACAUCUUUUUGCAGUUUUUAUUUUCUAGGGGAAAGAUUUUAGUAAAAAAUUUUGGUACCGACAUCUUUCUGUUUGCUACAACAUAAUGACCAUAUCAGAAGCAGGCCUAUUAUUAAACUUUUAAUAACAAACAAAGAAAAGAAACCAGCUAAACAUUGUUUUAUCUGGAAAAGUGAUUUGGGAUAGCAGUAAUGCUAAUUUCUAAAACCAAACAUUAACAAAUAUUUUGGUUUGUCCAGUAAUAAUUUUAAAAUAAUAUACAUGAAAACCAUUGAAUAUAAUGGAAUUUAAAUGUGCAGGCCCUAGUUUCAACUCGUAAAAAUGGACACUUAAGUUUAGUUAAUUUACCAACCUGUAACUCAUUUGGAUAAAGUUACAAUGGAGUGAAAACAAGAGUCUGUGACCCUGAAACGUUGAAAUAUCU